AUGUCAUUUAAAGUUAUAGCACUGCGGCGAGGCGACACAAUAUGCCCCAAUGGCAUGUUCCGUUGUGCUGAUGGAAAGUGCAUACCGGCUCUAUGGGUCUGCAAUUACCAGCAGGAUUGUGAGAGGGGGGAAGAUGAGCUGCAGUCUUGCCAGCCCCCGGAGUGCGAAGCGGGCCAGCUGACCUGCGGCCAGUACGUCUGGAAUAAGACAUAUUGUAUACCCCCGCAUUACCGAUGUGACAUGCACGUGGACUGUGUAGAUGGAACUGACGAAGCCGACUGCACAUACCGCAAGUGUCAAGUUGACGACUUUCAAUGUGGAAUGCAGAAUUCUGACUACGGAAAGAUCUCCAUGACCCAGGGACCCUGCAUACCAAAACAGAAGAAGUGUGACGGAUAUUUAGACUGUAGAACGGGCAAAGAUGAAGAAGACUGUCCAGGCAGCUUGACGAGCUGUCGGCUGGACCAAUUCCGUUGCGCGAAGGGGGACAAAUGUGUGGAGGCUAGUGCCAAGUGUGACCACAAGGACGACUGUGGAGAUAAUUCGGACGAAGUAGAUUGUAGUUUCCCCCCAUGUCAUAUGGGCCAAUUCCGAUGCAGUAACGAGUUAUGUAUACCCUCGACAUACCACUGCGAUGGUUAUAAGGACUGUGCUGAUGGCUCCGAUGAAGCCAACUGCACUGCUAUAACAUGUCCAGACAACAAGUACUUGUGUCCAAGAGGCGGACCUGGAGGAACACACAAGUGUAUCGCGCGAUCACAGCUGUGCAAUGGGAAAAAGGACUGCGAAGAUAAUGCUGAUGAAGAAGCCGCUUGUUCGACAUCUUCAUGCCCGGCCUUAGGUUGCGAAUCAAGUUGCGUCGCGUCGCCGCUAGGAGGCGCUUGUACAUGUGGUGAUGGUUUGACGCUGGGUCCUGACAACCGCUCCUGUAUCGACCGGGAUGAGUGCCAAGAGUGGGGUCCUUGCCAUCAGCUCUGUGUUAACACUCCUGGAUCGUAUAAGUGCGGUUGCGCACCAGGAUAUACACUCAUCGACGGAAGCAGUUGCAAAGCUAACGCAGAACCACCGGCGCUGGUCUUAGCUCAUGAAAAGGGGCUUUUACGCCUGGACCUAGAAAAACGUCUGCCUACGACCCUCGCCAAUACUUCCUCAGCUGCGGGGCUUGAUUACCAUUACAGACGGAACUUGUUGUUCUGGUCCGAUCUUAAAACUAGAAAAGGUGAGUUUUUGACAAACUUCUGUAUACGACCGAAUUUAAAAGUUGAGUGUAUCCACGCACAACACUUAAGUAGUCCAGCUGGUAUCCCAAGCUACGUGGGCGGCGAUAUAUCUGUGUCAGGGUCAUGGGCACCAGUAGCUCUCGCUGUGGACUGGGUGGGAGACAAGUUGUAUGUAGCUGAUGCUGUAGGGCAAAAGAUCGAUGUAUUUGAAUUGGAUGGAAGAUGGCACGCCAUAGUGUUAGGAUCGAAUUUGACGAGCCCGGCUGAUAUAGCACUUGAUCCGACGUUGGGUCUAAUGUUUGUAGCGGAUAGUAGCCAGAUAAUUCGGGCAAACAUGGACGGUACUCACUCAAGAUCGAUUGUUUCUGAGGCCACUUACAAAGCAUCUGGAAUAGCGGUCGAUAUUAUCGCGCGUCGCGUUUUCUGGUGCGACUCACUCCUGGACUACAUAGAAACCGUCGACUAUGAAGGCAACAACCGCUUCCUGGUCCUAAGGGGUCAACAAGUUCCCAGUCCGUCCCGACUGGCCCUUUUCGAGGAUAAAGUUUUCUGGUCCGAUAGUACCAAACAAGGAAUCAGCUCUGUAAGCAAAUACCUGGGAUCUUCCAGCAUAGAAAGCAUCUAUAAAAUUAAAGAUAUAAGGGACCCCAAAGCCUUAACUGUAAUACACUCAUUGAAACAAACAUCUGUGAAUAAUCCUUGUGGUAACAAUAAUGGCGGAUGCUCCCAAAUGUGUAUAGUUACCGCGCUUCAAAACGGCGGUUUGGGCUACCGAUGUGCUUGUAAUAUUGGGUACAGCUUACAAACGGAUCUAAGAAACUGUGACUUAGUCAAAGAAUUCCUGAUGUACUCUCAACAGAGAUUCAUUAAAGGAAAAGUUUUGUAUCCAGUUAUAGAGGGAUUUAACGAUGCUAUACUCCCAGUGGUAUCUCGACGUGCAAGAUUUGUAGGUCUAGACUUUGACUCGAGGGACGAAUAUAUCUAUUACUCGGACGUCCUCCAAGAUGUCAUAUACAGAGUUCACAGGAACGGCACAACAAAGGAAAUCGUAUUAGCCUCACAGAAUGAAGGAGUCGAAGGUUUAGCUGUCGAUUGGGCGUCAAAGAAUUUGUACUACAUAGAUUCUAGGAAAGGCACACUCAAUGUCUUAUCGACAAGAAAUAUAGCCUACAAAAGAACACUACUGAAAGACUUGAAAAGACCGCGUGCGAUAGUCGUCCACCCCAAUAAGGGUUUCAUAUUCUUCUCGGAGUGGGACCGUCCCGCUAACAUAAGCAGAGCGAAUACAGAUGGUACUGGGUUGUUGGUCUUCGAAAAUGUCACCCUCGGCUGGCCAAAUGGACUGUCGAUAGAUUUCGACGCUGAUCGUGUUUACUGGUGUGAUGCAUUGCUCGACCACGUUCAGCACGCUAAGUUAGAUGGUACUGAUGUGAAGACGGUCAACUCAAGGUUAAUCAGACAUCCGUUUUCAAUUGUUAUCCACAAAGAGUUCAUGUACAUAACUGAUUGGCGAUUAGAUGCGAUCGUGCGCUUGCACAAGUUAACGGGCGAACAAGAAGACAUAAUGGUUCGCGAAUUGCAGACGAACAGACUGUACGGUGUUAAGGUGUACAGCCAAGAAGUGCAACGGAUAGACCCGAAUCAGCCAUGUUCGGUUAACAAUGGGAACUGCCAGAAAUUCUGUUUUGCCAUACCUCGUAAUAACACGGAAUUAUUGACGGUGAAGUGCGGUUGUCCAUAUGGAGAAAAGCUAGCUACGGACGGCACCAGGUGUAUAGCAGACCCAACUGCUGAACCGCCACUACAGGCUUGUCCAAACACGUGGGACUUCACUUGCAAUAACCAAAGGUGUAUACCAAAGAGUUGGGUGUGCGACGGAGAUGAUGAUUGCUUGGAUAAUAGUGAUGAAGAACAAAAUUGUACAAAAACAACGUGUAACGCUUCGGAGUUCAUGUGCAAAUCUGGCCGCUGUAUCCCCGCUACGUUCAAGUGUGACUCGGAGAACGACUGCGGAGACUUUUCCGACGAGACCGGCUGCGUCAACGUGACGUGCAGUGCGUCACAAUUCCAAUGUGACAAUGGACGCUGUGUGCCCAACACUUGGAAAUGUGACUCCGAGAACGAUUGUGGCGAUGGGUCGGAUGAAGGCUCGCAUUGUGCUGAGAAAACUUGUGCUUACUUCCAGUUCACUUGUCCACGUACUGGACAUUGCAUUCCUGCAUCGUGGGUGUGCGAUGGAGACGAUGACUGCUUCGACAAACAGGACGAAGCAGACUGUCCACCUGUCUCUUGUCUGGCUUCUCAAUUCAAGUGUGCAGAUCUCAAGCAGUGUGUGCAGGAAGCUUACAAAUGUGAUGGGAUCCCCGAUUGUAAUGAUGGUUCUGAUGAAGCCGGCUGUCCCUCACUUGCACCACACCAGUGUGCACCAGACAAGCAGUUCCAGUGCCACACGUCCGGAAUAUGUAUUCCUCAUACCUGGUAUUGUGAUGGUACACCCGACUGCGAAGAUUUAUCCGAUGAGCCAGCAGCUUGUGGAACAGCAACAUGUCCAAGUGGCCACUUCCGCUGUGAUAACGGACGCUGUGUAUUCCGUUCUUAUGUGUGUGAUGGUCGUGAUGAUUGUGGCGAUGGUUCUGACGAAGGACUUCAACAUGCGUGCAAGCCGCCGCCAUUCAGGUGUCCAUCUAACCAAUGGCAGUGUCCUGGAAUCACUAACCGGUGCGUAAACAUGACACAAGUUUGCGAUUCCAAUUUGGAUUGCCCCAAUGGCGCUGAUGAAGGCGAAGGCUGCGAUCUAGCUGAAUGCCAACACAGCACUGGACUUUGUUCCAAUGACUGCAAGCAAACCCCAAGUGGGCCCUUAUGUCUCUGUCCCAGCGGGGAGGAGCUAGAAACGGAUGGCUUUACGUGUCGGGACAUAGACGAGUGUAAUCCACCUGGACUUUGCUCCCAAACAUGCACCAACACCAAGCGUUCAUAUUUCUGCAGCUGCGUCGAUGGAUACCAACUAGCCGCUGACAAACACUCCUGCAAAGCCAACAAUCACUCCAGCGCCUUCCUCAUCAUCUCUAACAGACAUUCCAUCUUAGUAGCCGACCUCAAUGAGCAAGGUCUCGAGCGUGUACCGAUCAACGUUGAAAAUGUGGUAGCAACUGCUUCUAACAUGCACACUGGUACCAUCUUCUGGUCAGACAUGAAACUGAAGACGAUUUCAAGAUUGGAUAGAGGUAGUGAACCUCAAAUUCUUAUCUCCACUGGCUUAGAUUUGGUGGAAGGCCUGGCGUACGAUUGGGUAGCUGGAAAUAUCUAUUGGCUGGACAGUAAAUUGAACACAAUUGAAGUAGCGAAAGAAGAUGGAACAGCUAGAACUGCUUUAGUCAGUGGUAACAUUACCCAGCCGCGAGGCAUGUGUCUGGAUCCAGCGCCCAAUGCUAGAUGGUUGUUCUGGACAGACUGGGGAGAAAACCCACGUAUUGAAAGGGUCGGAAUGGAUGGUACCCAGCGUAUGGCCAUAAUCACCACUAAAAUAUACUGGCCCAACGGUCUUACCCUUGACACGGCAACUCAAAGAGUUUACUUCGCAGAUUCGAAGUUGGACUUUAUUGAUUUCUGCUACUACAACGGUUCCGGAAGACAACAGGUGCUUGCGGGAAGUCAUUACCUCCUUCAUCCUCAUUCGUUGACCCUCUUUGAGGAUACUCUGUACUGGACAGAUCGCCAGUUGAAUCGUGUUUUGUCGGCCCAUAAGUUCAAGGGAACCAAUCAAACGGUGGUAUCACAUCUAAUCUCCCAACCGCUGUCUAUACACGUGCACCAUCCUUCGCUACAACCGCAGUAUCCUUCUCCGUGCAAAACAGACACCUGCCAACAUAUUUGCCUUUUGAGCCCGAAUAAGACAAUUGGUUACACUUGCAUGUGUAAGCCAGGAUUCAAGCUCCUGCCUGAUGGAAAAUGUAUCGAAGAGGAAAGUCCAUAUCUAAUGGUCCUCAAAGGUUCGCAAGUAAUCGAUCUAUCCACCGAUGGUUCUGGAAGAGCUGGACAACUUCCACCUGUCGUUGGCAUCCAAGGAGGGGUACAACUGGAUUAUGACCGACAAGGGCACAUGCUAUACUGGCUUCAAUCGAUAUCUGGGGAUAGUGAAGAUGAUGAGAACUGCACUGUUUAUAGUAUGCCUUACGGUGGUGGAAGUAAGACCGAGUUCCUCGGUCAAGACAGUGGUGUCGUUGGUGCGCCCUCAUCUAUUGCCUUCGAUUGGCUCGGACGAAACUUGUACAUGGCCAAUAGAGUCGCAAGUAAUAUAGAACUAGUAAGAGUUGAUGGUAAAGUGAAGUACAGAACCAUUGUCUUUGCUAAUGACGGCAGCAGAAACUCAAUUGCAAAACCAAGAGAUAUUUGCUUGGAUCCCACUGAAGGAAAAAUUUAUUGGGCUGAUGAAGGCGGUUACGGAGUACCUGCAAAGAUUGGAAAAGUGAACAUGGACGGUACCAACCCAGUAAUCUUGGUUGACUCCAUAGAACGACCAGAGGCGGUCACAGUUGACAUAGAAAAGAAAAUUGUUUACUUCAGUUCUCAAUACCCAGCUAGUAUCAACAGCGUGAACACCGAUGGAAACGACAGAAAGACCAUCCUAACUGAAGCCAAUGCUAUCUCAUAUCCAAAAGUUAUCGCAGUCCUGGAUUCAAGGCUAUAUGUAUUAGACCAACGUUAUGAAAAGAUUUUCAAAGCCGAUUUACCCAAUGGUGAUAAUUUAAAAGUUAUUUUGGAUAAUGAGAGUGACCUGAAAUCAAUGACAAUAUUCCAAAAGCGAAAAAUGAUGCAUCAUCCUUGCUCCCAAAACAAUGGUGGAUGCGAACAGAUCUGCAUUCCAAGUGAUGGCUCCAAAUUCGGAGGAGCGCGGGUUUGCGCUUGCUCCAUUGGAUACAGAAAGGAGAAUGAAGUGAACUGUGUACCAUACAAAACAUUCGCAGUAGUAUCUCAACUAGAUAUCAUUCGUGGAUAUAGCCUGGAUGAUAGCGCAGAGGCUAUGGUACCAGUUACUGGACUAGGGCAUCACAUUCUACACGUUGAUAUCCACUUCUCUGAUAACUACAUCUAUUGGGUUGAGUUCAACAGAGGAACGUGGAAUGGAAUAUUCCGGAUACGUCCAAACGGCACAGAACUGCAGCACGUCGUCAAAGAUGGUAUCGGGAGCAACGGUAUCAGAGGAUUAGCUGUAGAUUGGGUGGCCGGUAAUUUGUACUUUACGAAUGUCUUCCCUCAUGAAAACUAUGUCGAAAUGUCUUGGCUAGACGGCUCUCAUCGGAAAGUAAUCGUAAAAACGACUAUGGAUGCACCACGAGAAUUGGCGGUUAAUCCGAUAAAGAGACUUCUAUACUGGAUUGAUUAUGGACAGUACCCACGUAUCGGUAAAGCUUAUCUCGACGGAAGCAAUUGGCAAACACUUGUUACAUCAGGAAUAUCAAAUCCGAGAGACCUAACAAUUGAUAUGCUCACACAUGAUGUUUAUUGGGUUGAUUCCAAACUAGAUCAAAUUCAGAAAAUAUCGUACAGCGGUGGCAAUAGACAGCUGAUAAGAUCCAAUUUACCGAACCCGAUGGGAAUCGCAAUUCACACUGGCAACGUAUAUUGGGUCGACAGAAACUUACAAACAAUCUACAAGGCUUCAAAAUUACCUGGAAACAUGUCUAUGCCAGAAAAAUUGCGAACGAAUCUUCCUAAACUACGGGACAUUGUUAUUUUUGAUAUAAAUAAUCAGCCGACAGAUGAGAAUAACCCGUGCAGGAAGCUUGGAAAUGGGGGCUGUGAUCAGCUCUGUUUCAGUUACCCGCCUGACGCCAACAAGGGCUACACACACCGUUGCGACUGUGCAACCGGUCAGAUUUCAGCGAACAAUCCUAAAAAAUGCGACACUGUGGAUGAAUACUUAGUGUUCACAACGAGGACAGAAAUUCGCGCUAUAAACUUAGAUCCGAAAUCUACUGGAAUUCCAUUUAAGCCGGUCGGUAAUCUAACAAACGUUGUCGGAAUAGAAUUCGAUUACAGUGACAACGAAUUAUUCUUUACACAAAUCAGACCAUGGGCAAGAAUAGCAUCUAUGUCUGCAAAUAAUCCUGAUCCGUCAACGAUAAAGAAUAUUAUUAACAAAAACAUUAACCCCGAAGGUAUCUCUUACGAUUGGACACAGAAGAAGAUUUAUUGGACUGACAGUUCCAAUAAUUCUAUAUACGCCAUGAACCUAGAUGGUUCGGAACUGGUAAUGAUCGCGAGAGUAGAGCGACCUAGGGCUAUCGUAGUUGACCCAUGCAAUGGAACACUCUACUACACUGAUUGGGGACGCUUCGGUACUUCUGGAAAGAUUUAUAGAACGACUAUGGCUGGUUCACUCAAAAAAGCAAUAAUAGACAAAGAUUUAUCCCAACCGAGCGGUCUUACAAUUGAUUUCGAUGAAAAUAUGCUAUAUUGGACUGAUGCCGUACGAGAAAAGAUAGAACGCUCCAAAUUGGAUGGUUCAGCACGAGAAGUUCUCAUAUCAGCGACAAUCUAUCCAUUUGCUAUAACUGUAUUUAGAAACUACAUUUACUGGACAGAUCUGCAACUACGAGGUGUCUAUAGAGCAGAAAAACAUACGGGCGCUAAUAUGGUCGAAAUGGUAAAACGUUUAGAGGACUCACCUCGCGAUAUUCAUAUAUACAGUAAAAGUCGACAAAAAUGUCAAAGAAACCCUUGUGAAAUUAAUAAUGGUGGCUGUGCACACAGUUGUCAUCCUGCACCAAAUAAUUCAGUUGAAUGCAAAUGCGAUGAAACCACUAAAUUGGUAAAUGAGGGUCGUAUGUGUGUAUCUAAAAAUAUUACUUGCGAGCCCAGCAAAUUCUUCUGUGGUAACGGGAAAUGUAUUAGUCGAAUGUGGUCUUGUGAUGGUGAUGAUGACUGUGGAGAUAAUUCUGAUGAAGACAUUAACUACUGCGCAUAUCACUCUUGCUCGCCAAACGAGUUCCGCUGCAAUAAUGGACGCUGUAUAUUUAAGUCUUGGAAAUGUGAUCAUGAAAAUGAUUGCAAAGACGGUUCAGAUGAAGAAGGUUGUGUAUACCCGCCUUGUGCACCCGGAGAAUUCACCUGUCUGAAUUCACGCUGUAUUCCCAUGACACAAGUCUGCAAUGGAAUAAACGAUUGUAAGGAUAAUAUCACUUCUGAUGAAACACAUGAAAGAUGUCCUAGAAACACCACAUGUCCUGCCAAUCACUUAAAAUGUGAAAAGACAAACAUUUGCGUGGAACCCUACUGGCUUUGCGACGGUGAUAAUGAUUGUGGCGAUAACUCUGAUGAAGAUCCUUUACACUGCGCUCAGAGAACGUGUCCACAGAACAGUUUCCGUUGUCCAAACCACCGCUGUAUUCCUGCGACAUGGUAUUGUGAUGGAGACGAUGACUGUGGCGACGGUGCAGAUGAACCACCAGAAUAUUGUCGAUUAGAAGGUAGAACAUGCUUUGGAGAUUUGUUUACAUGUGACAAUGGUAAUUGCAUACCACGAAUCUAUAUUUGUGAUGGUGACAAUGAUUGUCUGGAUAACAGUGACGAAGAUCAAAGACAUCAAUGUAAUGAAAGGAAGUGUGAUCCGGAAACGGAAUAUACUUGCGAAGAGAACAGAUUCUGGAACAGAGCUCAAUGUAUUCCGAAGAAGUGGCUGUGUGACGGUGAUCCAGAUUGUAUUGACGGCGCAGAUGAAAACUCAACCAUACAUCACUGCUCCACACCUACACCAUGUUCGGAAGACCAAUUCCAAUGCAACAAUGGAAGGUGUAUUAACGUGGGUUGGGUUUGCGACCACGAUAAUGACUGCGGUGAUGGAUCCGACGAAGGCAAACAAUGUAACACACAAUACAAAAUGUGCACAGAUCAAGAGUUCCGUUGUCAAAACUUCAAAUGUAUUAGAAAUCACUUUAGAUGCGACGGCGAAGAUGACUGCGGGGAUCAUUCUGAUGAGGUCGAUUGCGUUAAAGAAAAUAAAACGUGUCCAAACGGACAGUUCAAAUGUAAUAACGACCAAUGUAUUGAUAAUAGUUUAGUAUGCAACAAAGUUUCAGAUUGUACCGACGAUUCAGAUGAGCCUGCGCAUUGUAACGUAGACGAAUGUGCCAAACUAGAAAUAAAUCAAUGUGGCCAUAAAUGUAUCGACACUAUCACUGGAUACUAUUGUGAUUGUAAUCAAGGAUAUAAACUAUUAGCUGAUGGAAAAGCGUGUGCCGACAUCGAUGAAUGUGUUGAAACGCCCGGAGUUUGCUCACAAUAUUGUUCAAACACGCCAGGUUCUUAUUAUUGUAAGUGCAAUGACUUAUAUUACGAAAGGGAAGCCGAUGAGCACACCUGCAAGAGAAAAGAUAAUACUACCGCGUGGGUCAUAUUCACUAACAAGUACUAUGUAAGAAAUAUAUCAACAGAUGCCUCAUUAUAUAAUCUAGUGCACCAAGACUUGAUGAAUGUGGUUGCGAUUGACUUUGACGUCCAAGAACAAAAGAUGUACUUCGCUGAUGUCUCGGCUAAGACUAUCUAUAGGUCAGACUACUCAGAUCCCAACCCAACUAAAGAAGUGGUUAUCAGACAUGAUUCACACGGUCUUGAAGGUAUAGCUGUGGACUGGAUAGGCAGGAAACUAUAUUGGUUAGAUAGACAUUCUAAGAAUUUGGAUGUAGCUGAAUUAGAUGGAACGAGGAGGAAAACACUGAAAACGGGGAUUGCUGAUCCAAGAGCUAUUGUGGUUCAUCCUGGUACAGGUUACCUCUACUUUACAUCUUGGCACUUACAAGCUUACAUCGGUAAAUUAGGUAUGGAUGGUUCUAACUUCAGCACAGUGUUGAAUUGGGAAAAUGACAUCGCAUGGCCAAACGCUUUGACUAUUGAUUACUUCACAGACAGAAUUUACUGGGCGGAUGCUCAUUUGGAUUACAUAGGGUCAGCUGACUUAGAAGGAAAGCAUAGACACGUAGUUUUAUCUGGAAGUAAAGUACCACAUGUCUUCGCAUUAAGUCUCUUCGAUGACGAGAUAUAUUGGACGGACUGGAACUUGAAAGCCAUCAGCAAAGCCAAUAAACAUUCAGGAGAAAAUCUAACGCUACUUAGGAACACAACUCAUCGUCCAUACGAUAUACACGUAGUCCAUCCUUUGAGGCAACUUCCUUAUACAAACCCUUGUGGUAAUAACAAUGGUGGUUGUUCGCACUUAUGUUUAAUAGCGCCGCCACAUGCGUCAAGUUAUUUAAAUAUCGAAGAAUAUGGCGAAGAAGGUGCCACUACAUAUAAGUGUGCUUGCCCGAAUCAAUUCUAUUUAGCUCGUGAUAUGAAAACAUGCAUAUCCAACUGCACAGAUGGCCAGCAUAGAUGCAAUGGCCGCGAUGAGAAGUGUAUUCCUUGGUUCUGGAAGUGUGAUGGUGAAAAAGAUUGUCAGGAUGGUUCCGAUGAACCUGACACGUGUCCCGUGCGACACUGUAGAGCGGGCUCAUUCCAGUGUAAGAACACAAAUUGUACUCCAGCCGCCACAAUAUGUGAUGGAACAAAUGACUGUGGAGACGGCAGUGACGAAGCUCAAUGUGCCCAUGAGUGUCCACAACUUGAAUUCAAGUGCAAAACUAGUGGAAGGUGUAUUCUGGACAGCUGGAAAUGCGAUGGAGACACUGACUGUAAGGAUAAUAGUGAUGAAGACCCAGCUAUGUGUCACAAUAGACCAUGUAAACCUGAUACCGAGUUCGCGUGCAAGAACGGACGCUGUAUUCCAAAAUUAUGGAUGUGCGAUUUCGAUAAUGACUGUGGUGAUGACUCCGAUGAGCCUGCGUACAUGUGUCGGCAAAAGAACUGCACCACAGGUUGGAGAAGAUGCCCUGGACAAUCUAACUACAGAUGUAUACCUAAGUGGCUUUUCUGCGAUGGUAAAGAUGAUUGUAGGGAUGGAUCUGACGAACUACCAGAAAAUUGUCCCUCUUGUAACGCUGAGACAGACUUCACGUGCGAAAACAAACGUUGUAUUCCAAAGCAAUGGUUGUGUGACUUCACCGAUGAUUGUGGAGAUGGCAGCGAUGAAUCGGAGUCAGUCUGUCAACAUAACUACAGAGAGUGUUCAGAAUCGGAGUUCAAAUGUGGCAACGGCAAGUGUAUCUCGUCGAGAUGGCGUUGCGAUCAUGAAGAUGAUUGUGGAGACAAUACCGACGAAAUGGAAUGCGGCGGCUUCAAGUGCAAAAAUGGAACAUUCCAAUGCAAAUCUGGCCACUGUAUUGCAGCUUACUUCCGGUGCGAUGGUGACAGAGAUUGUCGUGACCUUUCUGAUGAAAUCGGUUGUCCUCCGAGGUUCCCUGGCGGAAGAUACUGUCCAGAAAGCAGGUUCCAAUGCGGUAAUAACCUCUGCGUCGCGCAGUCUGAUCUUUGUGAUGGAACGGACGACUGCGGCGAUGGAUCCGAUGAGGCGCCAUCUAUUUGCACCAACUUCAACUGCGAUACACUAAGGCGAUUCCAUUGUGAUAAUCACCGCUGCGUUCCCAGGUAUCAAGUCUGCGACGGUGUUGAUAACUGCGGCGACGGCUCCGACGAAAACAACAUGACUCUUUGCGCGGCCAGGGCCAGACCAUGCGAUCCAAUAACACAGUUCCAGUGUGCCAACAAGAACUGCGUUACACGGGAUACACUAUGCGACCACACAGACAACUGUGGAGACGCAUCAGACGAACGCGGUUGUCACUUUGCCCAUGCAUGCACGAUACAAGACAAAGGUGGUUGCGAGCACUUGUGCACAAAUCUCACUGGUGGUGGCUAUAUUUGCACAUGCUUCCCCGGUUGGAUAAUAUCUGCAGCAGACAGCAAGCGGUGUGUCGACGUGGACGAGUGUGCUGCUGGUUCACACCACUGUGCGCACCUUUGUAACAACUUAAAUGGUAGUUACUCCUGUGCUUGCCGCGAUGGAUUCAGAUUGGCUGAUAAUCUCUCUGGAGUUUGCAAAGCAAUGGAAGGCGAUCUGAUAUUAAUGUUCGCCAACGGCCCCGAAAUACGAGCCUUUGUCCAGGACAAGAAUGAAGAAUUCGACGUCAUCACGUCAGAGAAGAGAAUAGAAGCAAUAGAUUACGAUCCCAAGCAGGAAAUGGUGUUCUGGGUUGACAGCUAUGAUAAGAGCAUCAAACGGUCUUACAUGAUCAAUGCACUAAACGGACAAGUCAAAAGUGGUUUCGCACAGGACCUGAAGAGUAAAGCAAACGCGAAACCCACUGGCAUCGCCGUGGACUACGUUGGAGGAAACCUCUACUGGACUGAAGCUGAUAGAACCGGUUCGAAACCGAAGGGACGCGUCAUGGUUGCCCGUAACGAUGGUCGGUAUAGGCGUGCCCUCGUGUCCGCUGGGAUUGAAGUCCCAACAUCUCUAGUUCUAGAUCCACAAAUGGGCAAAAUGUACUGGGCAGACGCUGGUUCAGCACCAAAAAUAGAAACGGCCUGGAUGGAUGGGUCGAAGCGUCGGCCUAUAGUUACUGAGAACGUCAGACAUCCAACUGGGCUAGCUAUCGAUUAUGCUAUGGAUCACACUAUAUACUGGGCAGACACUAAGUUGAACACAAUAGAAAUGAUGAGGCCUGAUGGUACCAACAGGAAGGUCGUGCUGAAGGGAGAGUUCCUCAAACAUCCGCUGUCUCUCGAUGUCUUUGAGUCGUCGUUGUAUUGGGUAACAAGAGACACUGGUGAGCUGGUGCGGCAAGACAAGUUUGGAAGAGGAGUGCCAUUUGUUAUAUCUAAGGAUCUAGUCAACCCGGCAGCAGUAAAAGUAUACCAUCCGGCACGAUACAACACGUCAUUGGCCGAGAGAGCUGCUUGUAGUAAGACGCCAUGCUCACACUUGUGCCUAGCUGUGCCCGCUGGACACCGCUGCGCAUGUCCCGACCAGCAAUACGCACCCAAGAGAGCCACGCACGAAGUACCCUGUGACGCAGCGGUGGAACCACCUCGGGCGUUACCACUUGCCUGUCCAUGCCAAAACGGAGGAACUUGCAGCGAGAAAUCAGAUGGUGAAAUCGUUUGUGCCUGCCGGCCUGGACUGCAGCCUCCAUACUGCGCUCAGGCUGAAGCCAGUGCAGAUGCUCGUGCUGCACCAGCACUGAUUGUGCCACUUCUACUCGUCGUGCUGUUGGCGAUAGCUGGAGCAGCUGCCUGGUUCGUUAUCAGGAAGAGACCAUUUGGCAAAGUGAGCGGCCUUAGCAGUUUAGCGUCUUCACAAAGCGUAUCUUUCCGGCCGGGUUCAAAUGUGGAGCUAGGAGGAGUCGCCACUCCAGGUCCUGCAGUACCCCCAGCGCCUGGCACCCAGGAUGCAUACUCUUUGGAGCCACGCAAAGGACGAGACUUCACCAAUCCCAUGUACGACGCUGUUACAAGAUCGGCGUUGCCUGAACCAGAACCAUUACCCGGAAUAUAUGAGGUGCCGGAUGAGGUUAAAGAAAAAGUAGUAUCAGCAGUAAUAUCUCCAUCGUCGACUGAAACUCGCGGGGCCCCAGGUAAAAGGCCUCGGGCUUUGGACCCCGCUGCGGAUACCGGCGUCGACACGCAGCAGCUGGUGCGAGAGGACCGCGAUUGCUAG